ACCCCAGACCCCCCCCACUGAGAGGGGCUCUCUGUACCCCCAGCUCCCCUUAGAGGAGUCAGCAGCAACUGAGUGAGAGACCCCUGUUCCCCCAGAUACUCACCUGUGAAAAACAUCUCACCUGAGAGGUCAUCACUGGGCAGGUAAAAGCCAAAUCCUGAUAUCAAGUGUUCGGUCCAUGUUAUCCAGUCUCUCGCUAUAUAUCUGUCUUUCUAUCUAUAUGUCUGUAUGUUCCAUUGUCUUAUUUGUAUUAUCUUCUUUGUAAUUUCAGUAAGGAAUAUACUUUAAUAUGUAUUAAUUAGCCAAAAAUGACACAGAUGAUGGCUUGCUGCUCUAUGAUCUAUUACAUUUUUGUUGCCAUUGUGGAGUUAUGGUUUGGUUUCAAGAUCUUUCCCACAUCCAAAAAAAAUAAAAAAAUCAUGAAACCGAUGAAUGACAUGGUCACACCACAUCUGCAUUGCACAAUUUAAACAGUUUGAUGUGUUAAUAAGUGUAUGUAUUACUGUGUUCAUCUCACUGGUGUCAUCAAUCUGUUCUUACUGUCCAUUCUGCCAGAUGAAUGGUGCGGAGGGUAAAAUGAACACUGGCAGUGCUGAUUUGGGGCAGCUAAGACACUGUUACGGAAAAUGUGUUUGACAUGUUUAUAAUAACCAUGUAUACCAAAAGAUAAUCCACACUAAACGAAUGUUCCCAUGAAUUUGUUACUGCCCAUUUAAAGAAAUAAAAUAUACAUUUUUCCUUCUGUUCAGGAGAAAAUGAAAACCUUUGCAGAGUCCCACAAGACCGUUUUCGUUGUGGAUCACUGUCCGUACAUGGCAGAAUCGUGCCGACAACAUGUGGAAUUUGACAUGCUGACUAAAAAUCGCACUCAGGGAAUUAUUCCUUUAGCGCCAAUCUCAAAAUCACUAUGGACAUGUGCGGUGGAAGCAGCUAUGGAAUAUUGUAGGAUCAUGUAUGAUAUCUUUCCUUUCAAAAAAGUGGUGAGUCUUUUCUGGUUGUCAAUAAUCCUAAGGGCCAGCUUAUUCAGGGCACUGUACAAUUUCACAGUUGGGAGUUACCAAAGUAAUACAUACAAAAUAAUAGGUGGAGCUGUAAAAUAUCUUGAAUAAUCUGUAAAACAGAAUAAAUGCAAAUAGCGUGGUAUGUCUAUACAGUAUAAUACGUUGUAAAAGUAAGAUGGUUAAACUCACAAGACUAGAGUCAUACCGUCAUAUGACUCUAAAAGUAUGCUCCUUUGGACCAUUGGGGGGUUGUCCAAACCCUUCUUUCGUUGGUUUCUCUGUGUUCCCCCUUGUAAUCCUUAGAGUGUCUCCCGAAGAGUGCCCAAUAUACAGGAGAUCCUUGAAUACUGAUAUUCAUUUAUUUGUAACAAAAGGUGAUAAAGAUAACAAUUCACUAUACCAAUAAAUAUUGGGUAUAGAUAAAGUCCAAUAUGGGUUAAAAUGAGUGUCCAAAACGCGUUUCGCCUGAUUAACAGGCUUCCUCAGUUGGCUCUCAGAUUAUUCAAGAUAUUUUACAGCUCCACCUAUUAUUUUGUAUGUAUUGUAUUGUAUUUAUAGUGGUGUAGGGGAUACCACUAUAUAGGUGUUUUAGAGCUAUUCAUUUGUCUUUUAAACCGUGUACACUUUUGUUUUGUAUUAAGUUACCAAGGUAAGCCAGGGGUUUAAAUAAUUGGUUUGAAGUCGGAUGCCUAUAUAUUCUGCAUAUUGCUGGGAAGUGUUUCCAUCCGCUGUCUGAUCGCCUAUUGAAUUCAGAUGGCUUGUAGAACAUUGCGAUAUGCCAGCCCUGUACGCUGUUUCUAUGUAAGUGGAUAAAUAUAGUUUGUUUAAAAUGCUGAGGGGUCAGUGGAGCAAAGUACCCCCUGACACUGUAAUUUGCAGUUAUAGUCAAGCUAAAUUUUAGAGGCAAAUAACAGGGAUCAUUUGAUGUUUAAUGUGAGACACAUCACAUCUAUAAGUUGCCAUGAGGCAUAGAUGCAGACAGCGUUUGUCAGUUACAUUGGUGGCAGUGAGAUGAAAUGGAGCACCGGAGAGAUUAAUGAGAGCGACCAGACAGGAGCUGUAGUUCUGAGGCAAAACUAGUCGCUAAUGAAUAAUGUAUUUAUCAAGUUGGAGUAAAACCUCCCAACGAAUGUUGAUUUUAUUUUCAUAAUUCUCUAGGUAAACUUCAUUGUCAGCGACUCAUGCUCCCGUAUAUUGAAUUCCUGGUCUCAGGAGGACCAGAAUGUACAAGAGGUAAGUGCUCUCGCUGAGGUUCUUGUACCCCCUGAUCUAUUCUGGUGGUGACUUUAAAAUGUUCCUUUUGCUUCAAUUAAUUUCUGCAUGUUACUUUUCAUGUCACAGUAUUUCUAAUUUCUAAUUUCUCCUAUUAGCUUGGCAGUGAAUGGGUUAAAUAACUGCUCUCUCGCUCUUUUUCAGCUAAUGGAAGCUUUAGCAACAAUCGGCCCCCCCAAUCCUCGCGCUGACCCUGAGUGUUGCAGUAUACUGCACGGACUGGUUGCGGCAGUAGAAACAUUAUGUAAAAUCACAGAUUACCAACAUGAGGCACGAACCGUGUUAAUGGAGAACGCAGAUCGAGUGGCGAAUAGAGGACGUAUAAUCUGUCUCACCAACGCAAAAAGGUGCACACUGACUUCCUGCCAAAUCAUUAUUGUGUACUGCUGGUUCACUGCAAAUGAGUGAGCCAACAAAUGCACAACCUUUCAGGGUUAACAGCAAACAGAUACCAUGUUAUUUACAUAUAAUAAUGGAGAGUAUUUACGUCUUUGUGUGAGUGUCUGAUGGCGGAUACGGUGUGAGUGUACCGCGGCAGAUACGUUGUACCAUGGCAGAAAUGGUGUGUGUGUCUGAUGGCGGAUACGGUGUGAGUGUACCACGCCGGGUAUGUUGUACCAUGGCGGAUACGGUGUGUGUGUGUCUGAUGGCGUAUACGGUGUGUGUGUGUAUGUGUGCGGCACGGCGGAUACGAUGUGAGUGUCUGAUGGUGGAUACGGUGUGCCACGGCGGAUACGGUGUGUGUGUCUGAUGGUGGAUACGGUGUGAGUGUACCGCGGCAGAUAUGUUGUACCACGGCGGAUACAGUGUGUGUGUCUGAUGGUGGAUACGGUGUGAGUGUGCGCCACGGCGGAUACGGUGUGAGUGUGCCACGGCGGAUACGGUGUGAGUGUGCCACGGCGGAUACGGUGUGAGUGUGCCACGGCGGAUACGGUGUGAGUGUGCCACGGCGGAUACGGUGUAAGUGUGCCAUGUCGGAUACGGUGUGUGUGUGUGUGUGCCACGGCGGAUACGGUGUGUGUGUGUGUGUGUGUGCGCCACGGCGGAUACGGUGUGUGUGUGCCACGGGCGGAUACGGGUGGUGAGUGUGCCACGGCGGAGUACGGUGUGGGUGUGCCACUGGCGGAUACGGUGUGUGUGUGCCACCCGAUACGGUGUGUGUGUGCCACGGCGGAUACGGUGUGUGUGUGCGUGAGCCACGGCGGAUACGGUGUGUGUGUGCGUGAGCCACGGCGGAUACGGUGUGUGUGUGCGUGUGCCACGGCGGAUACGGUGUGUGUGUGUGUGUGCGUGUGCCACGGCGGAUACGGUGUGUGUGUGCGUGUGCCACAGCAGAUAUGAUGUGAGUGUCUGAUGGCGAAUACGGUGUGUGUGCGCCACGGCGGAUACGGUGUGAGUGUCUGAUGGCGGAUACGGUGUAAGUGUACCACAUCGGAUACGGUGUGAGUUUCUGGUGGCGGAUACGGUGUGAGUGUGCCCCACGGCGGAUACGGUGUGUGCGCAUGUGCCACGGCAGAUACGGCUCUGGGUGUGAUUGGGGGUGCAGGACUAUGGUUAUUAAUGCAGGGUGCAUCUUGGGCCUGAUCACAAAGAAUACACCGCUCUCUGUUACAGUGACAGCCAUGUUCAGAUGCUUGAAGAUUGUGUCAAUGAAACCAUUCAUGAACAUAACAAGUUGGCAGCCGGCUCUGAUCAGUAAGUAAUCUGCCUGCAAAUGUAGCUUGUGUGUCUGUAUCCUUAUGUAUUAUAGGGACACUAUCCACCAGAACCUCUACAGCUUAAAGCGUCUCUGUCACUUCUUAGUAUAUCAUAAAGAUAUGUCCCUGUCACUUCUUAGUAUAUCCUAAAGAUAUAAUCUUUAUGAAAUACUAAUGCUGAAGGAGUUGGAAUGUUUAAUGAAAUUCAAAGUAGGGAUUUUGUGUUCUGGACACUCCUGAAAUUGCAAAAUGCAGAGCUAUGGGAUUCGGGCACUGUCUCGCCCAUCACAAGACUUGAUCAAUGGAGGCUCCAGCGGGAUUCCUCCAUAGACCUUCAGUGUUGUACUGUCAUUGUUCCUGGCAGAUGAAGUACCAGGAAGAAGGGAGGGACAGCUUCAGGUAAGUAAACUGACCUUUCACUGCACCCCAUGCCCACCAGACCCUAACCAGAAAUGUCACCUCCCAGGGUUUUUGUAACAUAGGAAAAUACCCCUGAAAGUGACAGAUCUCCAUUAAUGUGGUGAGAUGGGACUCUCCCUGCAGUCUCAGCAAUGUAAAUACUGCGUUUUCUGAGAAGACCUUUAGUGGCUUUCACUCGGACAGUCAAUCAGACCGGUACCAGUGGUGCAACAUUCUGUGACUGUAUACUCUGCCUGAACGUGCACAACACUCCUCGUAGAGACGCGCCUUUCUAAUGCAUCCUCUAAGGGGAUUCCACUCAUGUACAGUACCCCACCCCAAUGCUUCCCUAUGGGUGAAGUUGAGAUAUUUGUCUGAUGGGGUCAAGAGGAAAAAAUUCCUAAAUUGUUAAAAAAAAAAAAAAACAAUCACUGUGAAGUUAGAAAUAAAGGUUUGUAUUCCUAAUUUUAGGUUUCCGGUAAAUGUAACAAGUGGCUCUAUAUCCAUAUGUAUUAUAGGUGUUAAAUGCAUCAUGCUUACAUAAUAUAUGGAUAAAUUCAGUGCACGUCCGUGUCCGUAUAUAAAGUCUUACACCACUGGGGAGGAUUUUAACGGUACUUGCCACUACAAACCUGAUGGUUCCAAAUAACUGUACUGGAGGGAAUUUCUACUCCCCAAUGGCAACUGGACUUUUUUUUUUUUUUGGUUUCAAAGUCUUUAUUGUCAUAAACGCAUAUUACAGAAAUAGAUAAUAGCUAGACACGAGAAUUACAAGGUGUUUAAAUGAAACAGGAAGGGUUACACGGGUUAGGCAUAGGUCUAUUCUGUGAAGUCAUAAGUGGUUGAACAAUGUGACUACAUAGAAAAAGCGUGGUGGGGGAGGGAAUGGUCGUCUAGCCCCGUUGAGUCUUGUCAUAUUUUGUGUAUCUUUCACUUUUCAGAGUGUAUUUACAGUCAUCAUAAAGCCUGUAUAUCAUGCCCACAUUGUGGGUUAUGAGCGUCUAAUUGUAGUGAUGGGUAGUCUCUUACUUAGGCCGUGUGUUUAUGGCAUAGUGUGGGGCGUGUCUAGUCGGCUCGUGGUUGAAGUGUUGUACGGUUUUGUCACCCAUAUUUGUCGGUGUGUGUGGUGACUUUCCGGAUCGGAGUGUGGACAUGGCCUCCAGUCCUAUGAACUCGUUAAGUGUAGGCUACUGGGCUACUCUGUAUGUUUUCAGUAAGAGUUGUGAUACGUGGAGGUGGCAGCUGAUGACCCGCUUAGACCGUGGGCGUGCAUCUCUUGAGCAUCUCAUCCUAGUACAGUCGUCAAAUGCGGUUGAUGCCUAGGGUGAAGGCUAAAAAGGAAGGGGGUGGUUAGAACUGAAGGGAGGGGGGGGGUGUCUCGGGCAGACCGGUGCUGAAUCUAGACAGUAUCGUUGUAUGUGAGGCGGUUGACAGUCCCAGGCAUAAGUGUGAGUGCGAUUCGUGGGGUCUGGUUUGGUCAUGAAUUUCACCCAGGGACUCCACACCUCACGAAAGAGUGGGUAUGUGUGUGUUAUGGAAGCGUGAAUUUCUUCCAAGUCUUUAAUCCCAUCUACCUUUGUGAUCCAUUCUCUGAUUGUGGGGGUCUCGGGGUUUUUCCAUUUUGCGGGAAUGAGGGCGUUGGCCGCUAUGAGCAAUUGCACUACUAGCAUACGCAAUGGCUUCGGUAAAGGCGUGUGUGGAAGUAAAAACAGUAGGGAUUGGGGUGUUGUGGGGAGUUUCAGCCCCGCCACUAUUCUGAUCAUUGACAAUAUGUGGUUCCAAUAUAUUUGUAUGUUAGGGCAUUGCCACCAUAUGUGCGCUAAAGUCUCCCCCUGUUGGUGGCAUUACCAACACGUUCCUGGUGUCUGUGGGAAGAGGUUGUGUAAUUUCGCCGGCGAGAUAUUCUCUUGUAUCCACUUUCUUGUAACCUGUUGCAAAUGGAGGUUUUGUGGAUUUGUGUAAAUAUAGUUUUCCACUGGGGAUCUGUGAGAGUUAUGUUAAGGUCCUUCUCCCACGACUCCGUGAACCUGGGUGCAGGUUUGUUAUGAUUGUCUUGAAUAAGUUUGUAAAACGUCGAUAGAUGUUUGGUUUUGACGUUGUGUGUUGUACAAUGUAUUUCGUAGUCUGUGAGUGUGCGGGAACCCGUUUUUAGUAUUGGGUUGGACUCUAUGAAGUGGGUCAAUUGUACAUAAUGGAAAGUUGUCAGUGAGGUCGGUUUGUCUUGCUUUGUCAGUUCGGUGAGAGGGCGGAUAGAGUUGUUGUCUAACACUCUCCCUAGUGUGAGAUAAAGCGCAUCAGCUGAGUCCUGUAAAUUUUGGUAGGUGGCCAUAUGUAGGCCUGGCGGGAAGAGUGGGUUAUGUGUAAUUGGGUAUAAAGGGGACGGGUGUGGGGAGAUGUUCGGGAGUUCUUUUAUGUGUGACCAAAUCUUGUGUAGGGUGGAUAGUGGGGUGGGAGGCAUGUUGGGUAAGUAGCACGGCCAUGUUUGUUCUUUGCCAUGGGAUUGUGUAGAGGGGUACCGUAAAUACAGCGAUCUCGAGUUUUCCCCAUUGCCUCGUCGGUGGACUAGUGGUCCAAUCGUAUAUCCUGGAUAAAAUGGUGGCUUGGUAGUAUCUUUCCAUGCAAUUGGACUUUUUGAGCCCUGUAUAUAAUACGAGGUUAUAUGCAACUCGCAGGCCGUAUCAUUAGAUAGAUGUUUAUAAAUGUUACAUUUUGUCUCUGUCAAUAUAUUCUAUCAUUGUACAUAAUAUGUGAGCGGAUUUAACUUGUUGGCUAUGUAAGUUUAAUUAAUACAAGGUUAGAGAUGGUCGUAUACUUUUAGGAUAUGUUUUGAUUAUUUGUAUGGAGUUUCCCUUUAUACAAAAUGAGAGAGGGUAUGCACAAGCAAGGAGUAAUGACCGUAUCUCCAGUCUCCAGGGGUGACCAAACUCCAAAACAGUCAGAUAAAAAACUGGGAACUGGUCCAAAGUUCAGACAGAUUCAUUGGAUUAAAAGCAGCAAUGUUUCGGCUCCUAAGGCAGCCUUUAUCAGUGUAUGUGUGUAAACAAUAACGUACAACACAAUCUAUACUUACAGUGAGCUUGAAAAAAAGCUCUGUUCAGGGCCGGAAUGUUGUUACUGUUCAUCCAGUAAUUCUGCCCACACUUUGUACUAUUGCCCAGGCUUUUAUUUCAUCUUAAAUACAUUCAUAGGAAUCUACAAUUUAUCUUUACUUUUAGGGACUGUUAGUCCAGUAGUUUUACAUUUAACUAUUUUAGAAAUUCAUUCUCUGAUUACAGAGAAAUUCUGGAAACCACUAGAAAUCCUUUGGGGUUAAAAGGAAACGUUUACACCAAAUCCUUUAGAGACGGGGUUAUAUGUUUUGUGACUGAUCCUCCUAUAAUCUUUCUUGAGCAUUGUUUGUCUAGUUUAGGUAUAUUUUGAACAGUAGUUCUUAUUAAAUAUUUUGAUUGGUAUUAAAAUGCCCAGUGUAUUAUAUUGGUAAUGUUUCUUUGAAUUGCAUGGUUUGCUAUAAAUCCUUUGCCUUCUAAUGUUUAAUAUUUUAUGUUCAUCAUUUUGACCUUUUUGUGUUUUUUAUUUUUUAUUCUUACUCUAUAUUUUUUGCCUUUAAGCGACUUGUAUGUCCUUCUCUGAAUAUCUUUUCUGUAUGGAGAAAGUGAAAUCAGAAGAACCCACUUUGUUUAAAAUAUGCUAAUAUUGGAGGGUUUUUCGGGGUGAAACAUUUUGUACGCACUUUUAACAAAGGGGAAAUCAGGAAACACAGUUUGCUCCGGUAGAGGUUAAUACACAUUUUAAAUCUGUUUUAUUUUAGUCUCAUGCAGAUCCAGAAAUGUGAGUUGGUUUUAAUCCACACUUACCCAGUUGGGGAUGACAGCUUGGUUUCUGAUCGACCCCGGAAAGAGGUAACGUACCCACAGGUGACUGAAGAUAUCUUCCAGUCCAAGGGGAACAUACAGCUAGAAGUUUAAUUUAAUUUGUCUCUGUACUGGCCGUAUUGUCUGCAGAUAGAACCAUUUUAUAUAGAAUAUAUAUAUAUUUAAUGGCAAAUAUAAUUUUGUGACUUUUUUCUCCUGAUGCAUUGUCACCUUAGAAACCAUUGCACUUUCUGUUAAAAUAUAGAUCUUCCAAUUUACUCCAUUCUACUCUGGAUAUUGGUCUUCUAGAUGCACUGCAUUAUGCAAGUGUAACCCUAAAGAGUCAUUUUCAGAAAAGUAUGGCAUUGCACGGGUUAAUUAAUUUGCAUGCUGUGCCCAGCAUACCAUGUACGUUGGCUCAGCCAAUGGCUAACUUUCAAGAGGUUAUGGCAACAUCUCAAUGUAUUCACUGUGCUUCUUUAAAUAGAUUUAUUUUCCCCAUGAUAAGGUGAUUUACAAUAAGCUCUAAAUGCGAUUAUUUCUACAGAUCGUCCAUAGCCGUGAAAAAAUGUCAUUAUAUAAUCUGAAUCAAUAGAGCUUCAUAUUUAUUAACGUAAAAUCUGCCAAAAAGCACCUUUUAACUUCAGAAGGGAAUUUAGCUCAUCUGGCAGGAGCGCAGCAACCGACACUGCACCCAUUGGCCUUUGGUUUAGUUGUCUGUUUUACACAGACAUAAAGGGGCGCUCUAAGUAACUCUUGACACCAUCCCUGGGUUUUAAUUCAAUCAGUUUGGCAUACAAUGGCUUUCUCCCUGGCACCCAGUGAAUGCUCCCACCUUAACUGAAUCAAUAAUGUGUAAUUAAAUCUUCCACAUUAUCAAUGUCUGUUACGCCCAGAUUGGAUGGUAUUGAUCGGCUGAGAGUGUUGUGCUAAUUCCCUGCACUAAUAGCUAAUCAAUGACGUCCAGGUAGGAUGAAAUGGACAAUGAUAAUGCUGGAGUGUAAAUUCUACAUUAUCAGUACGUUCAAGGAGGAAAAGAUCUCUGGGUUCCGAGAGGGGUGCUACUAAAUUCUUUGACCGAACACUGUCCCAGGGCCAGACACUAGGCCACAUAACCAUUACUCUAAGCUGAACAGGUAUGUUGCUUAGUAUGUCCCUUUAAUAAUGAACUUUACAAUUUCUGCAGUACACAUGGAACCUGCUGAGUGUACUGCAGUGUGAUCUUUAUUUGGAGUAAAGUGUGAGACGAUGACCUAGCUUGUUUAAUACUUGUCUCUAGCUCUCGCCUGUAUUAACCAGUGAGGUUCACAGUGUCCGAGCUGGACGCCAUCUUGCCACAAAACUGAACCAUUUAGUGCAACUUCACUUUGACCUUGCAUCUACAACCAUCACCAACAUCCCAAUGAAGGUAAGAUCUCAUUCUCCGAAGACCAAUCAAUAUUUUUUUUUCCUUACAAAAAACUUCUGAAUUUCCUUUUUACGUUGUUUUUUCCUCUCCAUAUCAUAUUUUUCUGUUUUUCACUAGCCCACACUCAAUGUCUGUGAUCAGGUUAGUACAUUUUGGAAAUCACCUCCCUCCAAAACAAAGCAGGACUGUGGAGCAGAAUUCCUUGUUGACUAAAAUUUGGCUUCUGCCCCCUUCCCUGUCGUCCUGCUGCCCUGUAGUGUGUCUAGAUUUCUCUGUUCUCCUGUGUCCUUGUGAUGUGUUACAUCUCUGUCCGCGUGCCCAUCUUAUGCCCACAUAUAUAUAUUAUUUUUAUGGAGUUGCCUUAACUUCUCCUGGAGAUCUAACCUGUGUUCACACAAGUGUGGCUUUGCUUUCAUUAUGUCCUUUCGAAUUACUAACCCGGCACAGACAAUAAGCUUUCUAGUGUUUUAAGUUGACGCAGGUAAGAUUUUUGUGAUAGCCUCUCCUGUCCUUUUAAUAAAACCAUUAUGCAUCCCCCGAGUCUGAAAGAAUAGUGUAGUUUUGUAUCUGGGUAUACAUGUUUUGUUUUAUGGAAGAUGCUUGAUAUCAUUUGAAGUCAUUUCUAAAAGCUGUGGUCUAUAAAUGGCGCUUCCUGAUCUUCACUUUGUAACAUUGCUUUUAGUGGGGAAACGUGGUCAACAUUCUUCUUGUGUCUCUGCUUUUUAUAUUCCCUCUAAUUAAGGAAGAACAACAUGCCAAUACAUCAGCAAACUACGACGUGGAGCUUCUCCACCACAAGGACGCACAUGUGGAGUUUGCAAAGAGUGGUGAGUGUGUCAGAAUGUUCCAGCCGCAUUUAAUGGUGGAACUGUUAGCCUGCGUAGUGCACUUUGAAUGCCUGUCACCAGUUGGAACACAAGCUUCGUGUAACAAAUAUUCAGAAGAGGUUUCUGUUAAUCACAUGGCAGCAAUCAUAAUCUUGCCUCAGUUAUGAGUUAGGCCUCUCUUAGAUCAUCAUCAGAUGUAUAACCCAUUCACUUUCUUUCUUAUAUUAGUGGCUAAUCCUUUUAGUGCCUGAUCAAUAAGACCUAACACUCUAAAGGGAAGAAGUCAUUUUUUAUUUGGUUAGUAAAUUAUUAUUUAUUUUUUUAAAUUAACAUUACCCAGCAGAACGCAAUACACCUAGUAUAUAUUUUUUUUAAAGAUAUUGACUUUCUGCAGAAUUUGUAGAAACAAAGUGUUCUCGUCAAAGAACGAUGACGUUUCUUUCACAUAUAAUAAUCCAUUACCAUGUCUGGCCACACUGGGGUGCAUUAUUUUUUUUUUUUUUAGGUCUAGAUACAAACCAUUGCCUUGGAUGUAAACCCGUAUUUAGAAACUAUGCCCUCCUCUAUGCUUUUACUAAUAAAUAUUUUAGUUAUCCAGAUUAGCAGAAAUAUUUUCCGACAGAAAACCCCAUAGCGAUGCGUUGUUCCUUUCUGAAGUUUACUGCACAAUACAGUGUGGUGUUCCCUCUGCCGCUGGAUCAACCACACUCUUCCAUAAAGUGGAAUCAUGAAGCGCUAUGGCUUCUUAUCCAGAGUAACAAGAAAUAGGAAACGUGUGCACAUUGUAAGGUGGCGAGUGCCACAUGGCUCCCAGUAUGUUACAUCUGUUCCAUAUUUCUAUUAGGUGAUGGUCAUGUCAGUAACAGUCGAGAACCCACGCUGAAGGAAACGGUGACCUUGAAAUGGUGCACACCAAGGACAAAUAGCGUGGGUGAGUAAUACUAUUUUGGGUGUCGUGGUUUUAUUGAUCCCUAGAUCUUGGUAAAGAGUUCCUGAUGGAAUCCCGCAACAUCAGGUUAUGUUCAUUUCUUUAUAUGGGCAUUUAGGACUGUGAUCGUAGAAAACAAAGUAAACUUGGAGGUGUAAUUCCACUAGAGUAAACCCAGUGCUAUAGUCCGAUAUAAAUACAUCCUAACCCUGAUAAAAAUGGGAAGAGAUAUAUGGCAACCAGGAUAGAGAAAAUCUAAUCUAGUGCGACUAGGCGAGAGAGAAUCUAAUAUGGUGCGACUAGGCGAGAGAUAAUCUCAUCUAGUGCGACUAGGCGAGAGAGAAUCUAAUCUAGUGCGACUAGGCGAGAGAGAAUCUAAUAUGGUGCGACUAGGCGAGUGAUAAACUAUUAUGGUGCGACUAGGCGAGAGAUAAUCUAAUAUAUAGCGUAACUAGGGGAGGAGAGAAUCUAAUAGAUAGCGUAACUAGGGGAGAGAGAACCUAAUAUAUAGCGUAACUAGGGGAGAGAGAAUCUAAUAUAUAGCGUAACUAGGGGAGUGAGAAUCUAAUAUAUAGCGUAACUAGGGGAGAGAGAAUCUAAUAUAUAGCGUAACUAGGGGAGAGAGAAUCUAAUAUAUAGCGUAACUAGGGGGGAGAGAAUCUAAUAUAUAGCGUAACUAGGGGAGAGAGAAUCUAAUAUAUGGCGUAACUAGGGGGGAGAGAAUCUAAUAUAUAGCGUAACUAGGGGGGAGAGAAUCUAAUAUAUAGAGUAACUAGGGGAGAGAGAAUCUAAUAUAUAGCGUAACUAGGGGAGAGAGAAUCUAAUAUAUAGCGUAACUAGGAGAGAGAGAAUCUAAUAUAUAGCGUAACUAGGGGAGAGAGAAUCUAAUAUAUAGCGUAACUAGGGGGGAGAGAGAAUCUAAUAUAUAGCGUAACUAGGGGAGAGAGAAUCUAAUAUAUAGCGUAACUAGGGGGGAGAGAGAAUCUAAUAUAUAGCGUAACUAGGGGGGAGAGAGAAUCUAAUAUAUAGCGUAACUAGGAGAGAGAGAAUCUAAUAUAUAGCGUAACUAGGGGAGAGAGAAUCUAAUAUAUAGCGUAACUAGGGGAGAGAGAAUCUAAUAUAUAGCGUAACUAGGGGAGAGAGAAUCUAAUAUAUAGCGUAACUAGGGAGAGAGAAUCUAAUAUAUAGCGUAACUAGGGGAGAGAGAAUCUAAUAUAUAGCGUAACUAGGGGGGAGAGAGAAUCUAAUAUAUAGCGUAACUAGGGGAGAGAGAAUCUAAUAUAUAGCGUAACUAGGGGGGAGAGAGAAUCUAAUAUAUAGCGUAACUAGGGGAGAGAGAAUCUAAUAUAUAGCGUAACUAGGGGGGAGAGAGAAUCUAAUAUAUAGCGUAACUAGGGAGGAGAGAGAAUCUAAUAUAUAGCGUAACUAGGGGAGAUUAAAUGUACUAAAGUGAAUUACAUAUACAAGCAAGGAGUUCCCUUUGUUUUCUGCAUGUACGUGUGUUAAAGGGAAACUAUAGUGCCAGGAAAACAAAGUUGUUGUGUUGCUUGUUAUUAUUUUUUUGUUUGUUAAUAUUGUAUUAUAAUCUUUGUUAUAAUAUACAAUUUAUUUUUUAAAUCAUGUAAAGUUAAAAGUAAAUUUAUUUUAUUUUAUUAUUUUUUAAGAAAUCACUUACUACCUUUCACACUCUCCCUUUCUGACAGCCAUCUUUCUGCUCCUUUGGUCGUAUUGUCAUCUAUCUGAUUCAGUGCUCACUAUUUCACAACUGUCUCUUGCUUUUCCAUAAGUUAAAUGUAUGAGAUGAUCUAUUACAACACAAAGACUGUAAGAGAUUAGAAAAAUUCUGACAAUGUUCUAUUAAAGAAUUGCAAGUAUAUCUAUAUAUAGGUGUAGUGUUUGUGCUCUGUGUAGAUAUACCUGGGUUUUGACAUGGUGUAGAUGUUCAUUUUCAGUGAUCAAUGCCGUUUCUCUAUUUCUUCUCUCAGAAUUACAUUACUGUAUAGGAGCCUAUCGAAUAUCCCCCGUAGAUGUUAAUAGCAGGCCGUCCUCCUGUCUCACCAACUUCCUUUUGAAUGGUAAUAAAUUAAGUUUUUAUUUCUUUUUUUAUUUUAAACUUGUUCAUGUUUUUGUUGCUGCUAUUGAUCCAAUAGAAAGCUUAAAACAAACUUUGAAAGAAAGUCAGGAGCAUUAAAUAGCCAUACCAUAAACCGUACUUUAAGUUCAGCUUCUCGCUUAUGAAUCCACAAAGUGCACAAAUUGUUAUUAAUUGGCACAGCAGGGCGUGGAACUGACUGGGUUUUUUUAAACACUAUGGCACUUCGUAAAAAAUAAACCCAUAAAGUGAUUUUGCCUAUUGGUGCAAAAAUUUACUCCGAAAUGGCGGAAGUUCAUUGGGUCGAAACUUGCAAUACUACGAGAGGAGCUGCCAGCCAUCAAGGAUCGAGUGAAGGCAGUUGAGAAGGAUGAUUCUUCCCUUACACAACGCCAAUUGGGCUCCGCUGAGGAGAUCCAGUGCCUUCGGGCAUCACACCAGACCAUGCUGAUCAGGUGGGAUGCCAUGGACAACGCAAUACGGUGCAAUAACCUCAAAAUUAGAGGUUUUGCAGAAUCAAACGCCGACAGUGACAUUUCAUCUGACGUCUUCUCUCACCUAUCCUGCCGCCCCGGCUGAUUAAAAACAGGAUGGUUGAUUUUACUCUGAAAGUCCAACAGGGCACUUGCAGAGGCCUUCCGUGGUGUCCUACUCCGAUUCAUAUUAUUCCAGGAUGGCGGUAGUUGAGGCACUUAAAUCGAAAUCUCGGGUAACAUUUGAAGAUAUGCAGCUGACAUUUCUGUGUUGGAGUCGCUCUGUCCGACAAUCUGAGGUUAUAGAUACAGAAGGGGCCCAUCCCGUACCGUGCUCGCCACCAAAGAAGGUACCAUAUACUGGCUUACUUCGCCGUAGGACUUGGACUCCUUCCUUACGCAUCUGGGAAUGGUGCAGCGUAAAACCACCCCUGCUGGCUGUUCAUGAGACAUUUUGAAAGCUGUUCCUUUGUGCCUCGUCUCGCUGUGGAAAAUGGCUGAAGGAGCCAGGAUUAUAGUGGGCUACAAUUCGGUCCCUAGGUUGUGGAGGGUGAUCUCGGAGGAGUCAUCAGCUGAAAUAUUUUUCUUUUUAUUGUUUUUUUCUGUUUGACUCUCAUUGUUAAUAUUUGACUAACUCUUAGCCUGGGUUGGGCAUACAUGGGAUAACACCACACAGUUACUUAUGUCCCUUAAUCGUCUUUUUAAAGCUCCACUGUUUAACUGUUCUAUGCUGAGCAUACAACACGGACUUUGCCUACCCAUCUCUUGAUAUACUUACUGCUAGCAGGCGAUGGUCCCUUAGCGCAACUCAUUUUAUAAUUUCUAAAAACCCUGCCCCUAUUUUUGAUGAUAUCAGCACAAUUUUUGUCAUGUUUUCCUAUGUAUUCUUAUGAUGUAUUGGUGCGAGAGAUAAAGGAUUAAAAAAUUUAAAUCUUGUAUAAUUGUAUUCUUUAUACAAGCUCUCCAUCUUACUCAGUACGUUUCUAAUUGGUUCCAUUACCAGUUUCUACUACCGUAUUUGUCUUCAUCACAUGUCACUAAUGUUGAAAUCACUGUCCGGACCAGCUGAUUGUGUGUCCCCUCAUAUUGCUCUUAGCCCCUGUUUACAGUGCAUAACUCAAUAUAAAUUUCUUUUCAAUGAAGGGUAUUGGAUAUAGGCAUAUGUUAUUAGAUUUAAACAUUAGCUGGCCUAUUGUACCACGUGGUUUCUUAUUUUCAUGUUAUUCUUAUUUUUCAUUUUCAAUUCUCAGGUCGGUCAGUGUUGCUGGAGCAGCCACGGAAGUCUGGAUCGAAAGUAAUUAGCCACAUGUUAAGCAGCCACGGUGGUGAAAUUUUCUUACACGUGCUGUGCAGCUCUCGCUCUAUAUUAGAGGACCCGCCAUCAAUCAGCGAAGGCUGCGGGGGACGAGUGACUGACUACAGGAUUACGGUAAAUUGCUGUGCUGUCUGACUGACACAUGGCAUCAUUGUGAGCUCCUCUCUCUCUCAGCCGUUUCAUGCCCCCUCAGACAAUCUGUUUUACAAUGUGUGUAGUGUGUAAUAAUUGGAGAGACACAGGCUUAAUUCUGUGUAUACCCUGCUCUGUGUUUGUUAGGACUUUGGGGAGUUUAUGAAGGAAAACAGACUGAUGCCGGUAUCAGAGUCCCGCUACCAGAUGGAUGGGACGUUGGACGUUCCUCUGGAAAGAGCCAAAGAACAGCUGGAAAGAUACACUCGGUAUUGGCCGAUGAUUAUCUCACAGACGACUAUCUUCAAUAUGCAGGCUGUGAGUAUUGGCGUCCUCCUGUGAUGUUUUUACGCAAUGUCUAAAAUCUGAUUUGGGUUAUCCCAUUUCGCAGGUGAUAGUGUUCUGAUCAGUACUGCUGCAGAAGCCAGUUAUUACCAGACAGUGCUAUAUAUGGUUAACAAGCUAUAGUCCAGGGGUGUUCAACCCAUAGCUCGAAAUUGCUUGGACAAAAUUUUCCAUAAUUCUUUGCCACUCGACCCAUGUACACACACCUUGAUGUAGAAUCGCCUGUAUAUCAUACAUCACAAAUUUCUUAACUGGUAAAUAGUCUAGACCAGUGGUUCCCAAAUUUUUAGAUUCAAGGUGCCCUUGAUAUUUCAGUAUUUUUCCAAGGCACCUCAAGUCAAAAUUUCUAAGUUGUAUCUGUACAGCGCUGCAGCAUUUACUGGCGCUAUAGUGUAAUGUACAGUGUUGGUGUUUAAAGGGGUGCUUGUAUACAUUUAUUGUGUCUAAACACAGGGGUGUGUUUGUAUGUAAUGUUUGAUUGCAGGGCUGUAUCUGAAUGUAAUGUUCACUUUUAAAUGCGGAUGUACAUUUGUGUGAAGUAUUUGUGUUUGAGUGAAGAGCUGUGUUUGUAAAUGUUUUUAAUAGUUUGCAUGCAGGGAUGUGUGUAUGUAAUAUUUGUGGUAGAUUGCAGGAGUGUGCUUGUAUGUUGUGGUGAUGUUUGACUGCUUGGAUGUAUGCACAUACACUACAACAUGCAUAUCUACACAGAUAUUCAUGCUCAUCAACACACAGAUGCAUAUAAAUACACCGACACAUACACACAAAUUCAUAUAGACACCGACACAUACACACAUAUAGAUACACAUGCACUCUGACACACACAAACAUUGAUGCAUGCCCACACCAUGACAUAAAAACACACCCCUUGACACACAGAUGCACAUACACAGAUGUAUGUGUACACUCUAGGGAUCGACCGAUUAUCGGUCUGGCCGAUAUUAUCGGAUGAUAUUUGUUUUUUUCGUCAAUAACGGUAUCGGCAAAUAGAGAUACCGAUAUUGCUGCUAAUACAGACCAAGAUCGCCGGGCUCAUAACAAGCCUGGAGGGCCUGCAGCAAGCUCUUACUUACCUUCCCUGCAGCUCCCUUGUGUAAAUCUCGCGAAUCCCGCGGCCGUCAGAGUGUUGUCAAGGGCUACCAUGGCAAUGCUCUAUGCGGCACACAGGCCGCGGGAGUUAGACAGGGGAGCUGCUGAGAACUGCUAGGAAGGUAAGAGCGAGCUUGCACAGUCCAUGCCACCGGACCACCAGGGAAUGCCAUAUCCCCCUUCCUGGCAAGGUAACAAGCGGGGACUAAAAAAAAAAAAAAAAGGUUAACACAAGUUUAACACAGAACACGUACAGGUGAGAAAUAUUAUCAACCGUGGUUACAGGUGCAUUCUGUAUAGAGGUAUAAUGACAGAGAACUCUUAAAGGAUUUUAGACUGGGAGAGGAUUUGAUGGUGUCCGUGAGGUUUUUCCAUAAUUGCGGUGCUCUGUAGGAAAAUGAGGAUCGAGCCGCUUUCUUUUUGUAUUGAGGUAGACUAUAUAAAGUGCUAGUACUGGAUCGGAGGUUAUAAGAGGUGGGAACAGCCGAUGAGAGCAUUCUGCUCAGGUAGGGAGGGAGCUUCCCAGAAAAGCUCUUAAACACAAGGCUGGAAAGAUGAAGGGUGCGUCUGGAUUCUAGCGACAGCCAGUUUAGCUCUUUUAGCAUGUCACAAUGGUGGCAAUUACAUUGUGGUAUAGAGAGGGAGAAUGAGUUAUACAGUGUAAUAAGUUUAUAAAGGUGGGCGUGCAGCACAGGUGCAUACACUACAUCCCCAUAUUCAAUGACCGGCAUCAGCAUUUGCUGUACAAUCUUUUCCUUUACUGUAGGGCUUAGGCAGGAUUUUUUUCUGUACAGGGCACCUAGUUUUAAAUAAAGUUCGGUUUUUAAAUUUAAUUGAGGUUCAAUCAAUUUACUGUUGUAGAAAUCAGACCCCUGUUUCCACCUUAUCGGCUUUUAUUCUUUUCAUGUGAGGUUUCUAAACCAUUAGCAGUUGUAUUCUGUCUAUAUACAUGUACAUGCUUUUGCAUGUCUAUAUCUAUUGUCCAUUCCACACAGGUUGUCCCCCUGGCCAACGUUAUUGUAAAGGAAUCUCUAACCGAAGACGACGUGGUGAACUGCCAGAAAACGAUUUAUAAUUUGGUGGAUAUGGAGAGAAAAAAUGACCCGUUACCCAUUUCUACAGCCGGUACCAGAGGCAAAGGCCCCAAAAGGUGGAGAACCCUGACAUACACCCCAAAAUCUGACCAAUAUAAAUGAGGAGAAAGUAGGAUUUGGGGCGGGAGACGCAUUGUCUGGAAGCAUGCAAUUCUUGCAGUAUCUGUUUUUGCCAUAACUAGAUGUUUUCUGUAAAGGGUUCUUUGAUUGAAAAUCCAUUUCUAAUGCAUUUACUGUCCUAGGGAUGAGCAAUACCGCAUAAUGUGGAACGAACUGGAGAUGCUGGUCCGUGCCCAUGUCAGCGCCUCUGACAAGCACCAGCGGGUGUUAGACUGCCUCCUAGCCUGCAGGAGCAAACCUCCCGAGGAAGAGGAACGCAAAAAACGGGGCCGCAAAAGAGAAGACAAAGAGGACAAAUCCGAGAAAGUCACCAAGGACCACGACCAUGACAAGAAAAGUCAGGAAUCUGAAAGGUGCGCUCCUCCUACAUACUGAUUGAUACACAGCUCCAGAACAACCAUCUCUUCAGGGUUACACUCUAUUCCAUGUGCAAUCGUACCAAGCACACUGCCAGGGCAGAUUGACGGCUCUGUUCAACCAUCGCUUGUCUAAUUUCUGCACAACUGAAUGAAUUGAUCUAAAACAAGCAGUCACAACCAGAGCAUACAAUGUAAAUUACUGUGACUUCCAUCAUGCCAUGCACACUAACUUCGUGGGGCUGCUGCAUGUAUGAUGCGAUGGAGGGAAUGCCUAAGCACAUGUUAAUUUGUGUGGCAUUUUCCUAGCAGAUGUUAUAAGGGUGCGUGUCUGACAUGGAGCAUUAUGGGGCAAUCAUGUGGCCCACUUACUGUAGAGAUUUAUAUUCCCCUCCAUUGCACUCGUUAACAGUCUGAUCACUUCAGGAAUUCUGCUGGGGUGUGGGAAGGGGAGACUAUCACGGACCUGGAAUUCCAAAUGUGUUUGUUUUUUUUACUCCGUAAUUUACCACUUGUAAUUCAAAUAUCUGAUGUCGCUAGAGUUAAUCAAGUCUCAGAAUAGUUUACUUUUGUAAGUAAUGUAUCCAAACAUGUUAUUGUUAUUUUCUCUAAAGCUUUCAGUAAGAUAGCGAAUUGUUAGCCCAGAGAGACACCAGCUCUUAGAAAAAACAAAAGGGGUAAAUGUAAAGUCAAAAAGGAAAUGCCAAUGUUUUAGACAUAUUGAGCUUUUCUCAAGUAGCAGGUUCGUCCCUAUCGAUUUCCUAAGAUAUUGACAGUGCCCACCAAUGGAACAAACAGCAUUCAGUUUUAAUAAAUGAGUGGCACAAUUCUCUGCAAGUGGACUGGAUAUAUUUUAGUCCAAUAAGAUGUGUAAGGUUUUGGCAUUGGUGAAAUUACCCCCUUUGUCUUUACAGAAUUGAAAAUUUUUAGUACAUUUUUCCAUUUUGAUUCACGUCUUGCUCUCUGUUCUUUAUAUCUGUAUUUAGCAAAACGGUUUUACCCAAUUACCAAAUUCAUUGUUUAGGUUGAAAUCAAUAGAACGCGAUAAAGAGGAUCUGACCGAGGCAGAAGUAAUAAAGGAUUCUCCUGAUUCCCCUGAACCCCCUAACAAAAAGCCACGCAAUUCGGUGGAUGAUGUGACCCCAGUUGAAAAGUCCAAGGGUAAGUGAUGAGUAGAUUGGAAAAGAGACAAUCUGUUCCAUAAACCUCCCCCACCCCUGGGGACCCUAUAAGACCCUUUUAUUUACAGGCUGAUGUAGAAAGAGCAGUUAAGGAAAUUUGCUAAAAGUGUAGCAUUGUGCAUUAACAUCCAGUGGUUCUUGUCGAUUGCUUCAUUAGUGGAAGUUAAACUUUCAAAACUUAUUUCUGUUUUAAUAUAAUCAUACCCCAACAUCCACUUAAAUGCUUGUCUAUUCGUGUUUUAAGGGCUGCCAGGUAAAAGUCAUGUUCUGUGUCUUUGUGAUGGAGAAAGUGAGCAAAUAGAAUGGAAACUGAAAAGUAUUUUGUGCAAUGCAUGCUUCACGUGGACUUGUAGCUUUGGUGACCACUAACUUUCUUGUUGGCCUAGGACCCAUGUCUCUGCUGGCGCUGUGGACCACGAGAAUCCAUGCUGCAAAUUCCAGGAAGCAUCAAGAGUUUAUUGGUCGCCUUAAUUCCAUCAAUAACAAGGCCGAUUUAUACCAGCACCUCAAAGAGGAGAACGGGUGAGAGAUGUGUUUAUAUUACCUGCUAGGGACUCCACCGUCACUCAAUCCAACUGUCAGACCGACCCUAGAUGUGCUUCCUAUUGCACUCUGCAUGGAUAUGUUGAUUGCCAUGCGCAGUAGCCCCCUAAAUACUUCCCUAUAGGGAAAUAAAUAAAGGCCAGUUAGUGGCUCUAGGUACUGCAUCACAGCAGCGCCAGUCGGAUGGGAGAUGUCGGUCAGCAGAUGUAUGGAAGGGGAAUAUGACAUUUUAGGCAGACCAGUGUGAAGCCCAGUGCUGGGUAUGUAAAGAAUGUGUCUGUAUCUUCUGCAAUAUUUUAUUUCUUACAUAUAUAAUUUUUCUUUUGACAGUUCGGACACAGUGGAGACUGGCAAGGCUGGCAGGCAGUGAUCACUCACACAGUUGUUAGAAGGACCGCCUCGGCUGGACAAAGCAUCUAAGACUUGCCUGCAACGAAUCCUUUCUAAAAACAGAAAAGAUACUUCCUGUCCUCCUUCAGGGCCAUCAGAGACCAGAGAAUGACGUGGAGAUCUCCAAUCCAGUUGCUUUUAGUGGGAGCUUUGUACAAAACCUCAGGUUUUUAUGAAAUCAGUAGUUUAGCUCUUGAUUUCUUUUGUAACUUGUUCAUAGUGCAGCGGACCUGGUCUCCAUUUUAAUUCCCCCAAAACAUGGCCGUAACGAUUGGCUUCAUUCAUGUUAUUUAAGAAGGAAUGAAAUUCUGGAUUUCUCUCUUCCACAUGUAACGCUGCUGCUGCUGCUGUACAUCUCUUUCAUUCCAAGUGUUAAGAGAACUUUUAAUGAUGAUAAUGAACAUCUGUUUUUUUCCCUUUAAUUCUCUGUAAAAUGCCCUUUUUUCACUUUAGGUGCCUGGACUUUCCCUUUAAAUAGAUGAAUUCAUUAUCAGUAAACCUGUAUAGAAAAACGUUUUUUUUAAAGAAUUUUUGUAUCUUUGUUCCUAUUUCUUUUUCAAUUAAAUGUACAUCUAUUGGUGAAAAGAUUAUAAGAGGCACAAAAUGUUCUAAAAUAAUGUAUUUUAAUGCACUGGAAAUCUGCACCAUGGGUUUGGUUUCUAACAGUGAAUCCGUUUAUCUGUAAUUACACCUUAAAAAGUCACUAAAUGUUUCUUAUUGUGGUUUUAUUAUAUAUAGUAAAUUAUUAUUUAUAUAGCGCCAUCAGAUUCUGUAGCGCUGUACAAUGGGAUCUGCUCUGUACAUGCUAUUAUUGGGCUCCACAUGUGUGUUCAAGUUUUCUGUACAAUGUUAAAAUGCUGCACUUAUGGAGCCACACGUUUUCACACACAGUAAAUAAGUGGCCAACCUUAACCCAGUUAUGUGCUGCUUGCUGAUAAGGCUAACGUUAGGGGAGGGAUUUUCUAGUCUGUCUGGGCGAUGGUAACAUAACUAAAGCAAUACUCACCCUCGUCUAUUAUCUGAGCUGGAAAGGAAGGGGUGCCUUCCUGGUUACUCUCUCGGUUUGUUGCCUUGCCAUGUUUGUAACUGUUGCAGAAAACAGGUUUUUCUUGAGAGGGGAAAACAUUAUUUAGAUGUGUACUGUAACAGUUAAUGUAUUUUAAUAGUAUAAACUGAAGGUAGAGAUUUAAUUUCUAACAAUGUGAGCAGGUUUCACAAGAUGGUGAGAGUAGAGGUUGAUCAGAAAUGAGCUUUUAGAGUAAGUGAUGUGCCUGAGAAAAUCCUUUUUUAAUUACAUGACUCUCUGCAGCUCUCAAGGCUGAGGUACCUGGGCCGGUCUCUCCUUGGCAAUUAAUGCUCCUAGUCUUGUGUCAAUAUUUACAGACAAAUAGAGAAAAUGGGCAUCAAGGUUUUAGUUGGAAUUUGGCACAAAGCUGCGGCUUUAACCAUAGCAGGUCCCCAUAGGAAGCAAAGGCUUUUCACUUGGCAGCUUAUUUAUAUAUUCGAAUACAAUGAAAAAUGAAUCUCAACACCAGUACAGAGGAAGGAAAUAAGGAAACUAAUUGGAUUCAUUUUUUAUUUUUUUUUUGCAAUUUAAAGUUUAACAGAAAUAUAUAUUAAUCUGUAGUGUAAAUAUCACUGCCGUGUAACACAAAUACAACAACUUGCUGUAGGAAAAAAGGAAGUAAUUGCAGAGUCAGAGUUCGGUUUCACCAACUUAAACCACUGGUAUAAUAGUAGAACAGCUUUCUGAUGUGAGAGUAAAACAGUCAAUGGAGGGUUAAACAGGGUUAGUCACUAAAGGGAGAGGUGAAUUCAAAGAGAAUUUCAAAUUUAAGGUGAAAAUUGCCGUACUGAAAAAAAAAUAAAAAAUUCUCUGUCGGCUCUGCUUUCAGUUUGGCUAGACUGGCCUUAAAUGUGAAUUCUCAAUUUUAUAAAUAAUUCAGAAAGAGAAAGAAAUACGAGGAGGAUGAGGGAAAUUGAAAAUAAGCGAGAGAAGAAAAGUUGAAGGGUAACACCAUAAGACUGCAUUUUUUUUUUUUUAAUUCUUUAUUUUUUGUGCAAUUUAUGACAAUUGUGCCCGUCAUGCCACAAUAGCGGUGGCAAGCAUUAUCAAGAACAAAACAUUACAAUGCUCCUGUGUGAGGUGAAGUGCCACUCAGUGCUAUCGUAUGUGUGUGUUAUGUGAGUUUCUCUGACAAGUGGCUGAUGUUGUGGAGCUGUGCUGAGAGUGUUGUCGAGCAACAGUGGUACAAAUUACACAGCUGAGCCUUUACCAAACUGUAGGUCAAACAAAGUUUAAUGAACGCUUUUUAAAAAAUUUUAGUUUUUGGUUCUCCAAGACAGUGCCUGGGUGGAGGGGUCAUGUGGUGACUUUGCCGAUAUUCCGUGGUCGGGGAUGAUCUGUUCCUCGGGACAAAGGGUACAACAUGCUUGGGGUCCCAUGUUCCCGCGGCAGGCUCAGCUGGUGGUUUGGCUGUUAGGAUGCGAGCGUGUGAGGUACCGUUGCAGUUCGCUGUUAGGGAUCCGUUUUUUCCCCACCUGUAGGCAAUGCCUGCCGUUCUCAUGCUGGUCGUGAUGGGGCUAAAGGUUUUGCGCCAGAGGAGAGUGGCUUUGGUCAGGUCCUGGUAGAACGUGAGUGAGACUUCCUCAAAGGCCAGGGGUGUACUGUUUUUUAGUGCCGACAUUAUCUGAAUUUUGUCAUGGACUGUUAAGCACCUGAGUAUGACAUCUCGGUUUGCCUUUGGAGGCGCCUUUACGGAGCCAGGCAGACGGUAAAUCCCCUCAAUUGGCAGUUUCUUCGUUGUUGUCUGGGGCAGGAUGGAUGCUAGUAGGCGUCUGGCAUAGUGUGGAAGUUCUUCCGUGAUUUCCGCGGGGACCCCCUGAUUUUAAUGUUUGUGCGCCAUUGGCGUUCUUUCAUAGCUGUCAGCUGUGCGGACAUGGUCCUGUGCUGGGACCAGACCUGUUGUACUGAGCCUUGGAGCGUGGAGUUUUGGGUUUGUAUGAGGGUUAUGUCCUGUUGUGUAGCCUGCACCCUGUCAGUGAUUGUUUUCAUGUCCAUUUUUAUGGGCGCUAGUUCUGCAGUCAGUAUUUUAUGAAAGUCUGACAGUAACACUUUCAGGUCAUACCUGGUGGUUGGUGUCUGAUCGGAGGAGGCUGUGGUGUUGGAGCUUCUGGCGUGUCCAGUGGGUCCUCCGUUCUUGUUUGUCCAGGAAGGUAGGUGGGAGUAGCCGGUGGAGCCGGUUUAGACGGCCCGGGCCUCUGUAGCAUGGUGCUGAUGUCUCUACCUUCCGCCGCGGCUUGCGGAUUCUGCAAGCGGCGGCUCAUCGCUGGCGUCAGGGCUGUUACAGCCGUUGUUGGGGUUGGCUUGCCUCCCGGUCUCUCCGUGCCGCCUAGCAGUGCCUCCAGCCUUUGGAGCUGCAGCAUGUGGUAGGCCCCAAGUUUUCCCCCAAGCCGUUGAGAAUGGCGUCCGUGCAGGAUGAUGGUCAGGCUCUGCCCCCAAGACUGCAUUAAUUUUGUUUUACACCGAAUUUACUGACAAACUUAGAAGCAUUGCCUUUAAAAAAAAAGCAAAACUGCAAAAUGUAUUACAAAGCAACCUGCUGAAUUGGGGUUAUACUCAGUGUGGAGAACAAGGAUUUGCUAAUUUUGGGUUGUAUUAUUACAAUUUUAAGAUUUGAACUCCGUUAUUUCUGCUGCUGAGUGAGUUCCUCUUAAUCUGGGGAAGCUCUGUAACGACAUUUCUCCAUAAGGACAAUCACUACGCUUUAUCAUCAUCUCACAGUGUGGGAUGCAAGCGUGGGCCCCUGCAGGAAUAUAUUUCAGCAUUCGUUUAGCACCCGGUUUCUCCUUUUUUUUUUUGUGCUGGUUCUUAUAACCAAGACUAGAGCACAUAGUUCCUUUUUUUCUGGUCGCUCCAUAUGUUUAACACAUUUUGCAGCUACCUUCUUGUAGCUAAUAUUCCCAGUCUGUGUCCAAUGCUGUAAUUAUUGCAGGUGUUCCCACGCUGGUACAGUAACAUGAUGAGUGUGACUAGGUUUCUCACCCCCCUGGCACUGGAAGGGUUUGCUUUCCGAACAUGCUUCCUUUAUCAUUUACGUCUCAUUGUUCCCCAAGCAGGCUCAUUGUUUCACACAGUACAGUGACUGAUAGAUUUGUUACUAGCCCAGUUUCCCUUCUUUAUCUUGGACCCCUGAGGCUCGGGCCUUUUCAUGGCUAAAGAAAUGUGGAACUUAUUUUGAAAAGAGGAAACCAUUUCAGCUCAAGUUUUGCAUAAGAAUUCUAAGUGCCAUCAAUGUCUAUUGAUUGAUACGGAGGACAAUCAUGGUAUAUUGUCCCGGCCAUGACCAUUCCCAACAGACAGUCUAAUGUUGGUGAUAUCCGUAACAUAGAAUGACUUAUAGAAACAUGUAAAUGAAUAUUGUGAAUGCCAAAACAACUUACGCUUAAUGAAGCAGUCUUAGUGUACCAUUUAGGAGUUAGAUUACUUUUGUUUCUGUUUAUGCAGCCCUAGUCACACCUCCCCUGGCUGUGAUUCAAACAGCCUGCAGUUAAAAAAUAAAAAAUAACUUUCAAUCAGAUAAUACAACCGCAGUGUGUUUACUUUAAAAGUAUUUGUCUCCUGCUCUGUUGAUUGAAGUUUAAUCAUACAGGAGGCUCCUGCAAGUUCUAGAAGGCUAUUAACUGAGUGCGCGAUAAGAAAUAAAGGAAGUGUAAACAUUAGGUCUCUCGUUACAGGAAUUUUGUAGGGAGACUGUGAAAGUCACAUGCAGGUAGGCUUGAUGCAAGGCUUUUUAGGUACCCAUGCCAAAAUGUGUAUUUUCCCGCCCCAUUACUUUCUUCAUUUAUACAGAGGGCCCCACAUACAAACACAAAGAUUAUUACUUUCGAGUCUCUUGAUUCUCAUCCAUGCCAUACAAUACUCUGAGCUGCAUUACUCUGGACUGUUUCCUCAUUUACCUCGAUCUCCUGGUUAUUAAAAGUCACAGUAUUGUGUGAUGUGCCUGUAUAACAGAGCUCCACAGCAAAGAAUUAAACCCACAUGAAUGUGUAAUGUGCUUGAGUGGAUCACAGAGCUCCCCCACAACAAAACUCUCAGUAAUGUCCAUAAAAGGUUAUUACUGAGCUCCACCGCAGAAAAAGUAAUGUGCAUUUUGUAUAACACUAUCACAGAGCUCAAAUAAAGUAAUAAACCUCAAAAUAAUGUGAUGGCUGUGUUUGGACCGUGUGACGUGUAUUGAAUGUGCAUGUGUUUGCAGUGUGUGGUGGGUGUUAAAUUUAGAUAACAAAAAAAUGUUUUAUCCCCUACUUCUGAUUACCCAUUAGUAGGGAGAGGGCUAAAUUCGCUGGGGUUCUAGUUAGGGUAAUAAUGAAUCCCUGGUGGUCUGGAGACCCCUGCUUCUAGUCUGAAUACAGAGUACUGGAUUAAUAGUUACAGUGUCUAUGCACUGACUGCAGCUGAGAAGAUGUUUUUAAAUUUGAGUCCCAUGCCUAGGGCCCAUGAUUCAGAUUUUUGCACCCCCUGCCAUGGUGCCCUACUGUCACCGCCUGUGCUACCUUAUGGUGCUUUCUCCCUGCAUGCAGUCUGUGUGAGUAACAGCCACGGAAGGCGUGACCACAGUUGCAUAAAUAUAGUGAUUUAACUACUAAAUAGCAGAGAAUGGAGAAAUGAGACUUACGGAUGUAACGGACCGUUUUACACACAAGAUGUUAAAAUAGUUUAGGCGAGAUUCCCCUUUUAAAUACACGAACAGCUGCUGCAAGCACCAAUCUCCCGAAUUGCAAACACAUGAAUACUCAAGCUCCCGAACAGGAAACACACGAAUACAUCAACUCCCGAACCGGAAACACACGAAUUCACCAACACACGAAUGCUGUUAAACAGCCGAACAGGAAAAACCAUACGAACAGCUUACACUCCUGGCAGUCGCACUGUAACAGCAUACAAUCCAAUUCCCCCCAAGAACGAGACAACACUUCGUUUGAGGGUCAAGCAGAACUGAUUUACUGGGGCUACCUGCCUGGCUUUUAUGCAGGCCUCCCACCUGGUGGACACUCCCCUAGGGGACCAGAUGGAAGACUGAGAAACAUAUUGGACAUUGACCAAUCACAAGCUUACAAUCCCACAAUGCAUCACAAUCCCUCCUCUCUGUCCUUGAGAUAAUUGGGAAGUAAUCCAAUUAUCUCCAAGGACAGAGGCAAAACUCCAUUAACCACAUGGCAGACAAAGGACAAUAAAAGACAUAAAAAUACAUACUGUUACAUUUAUCACAUAGAACAUACACAUUCUACCUAUCCCCAGAUAGCUUAGAUCUGAGCGCCCAUUACUACCGGAUGGUGCUCAGAUCACAUACAUACAGUUCAAUCGCCAUGGAGCCAAAGUCUUUCAUACAGUCUUUCAGUAUACGGCUGGGUUUCAUGGCAUAGCUAUCUGGGGUAGCAUGGUUUAAACAGUAAAGUACCAAAUGGACUGGUGUUCGGAUAACUGACUGCAGGUAGGAGAAAGGUGGUAGGCGGCUCAGCGGUGUUCGUGACUUUAACAGUCCGCAGAAAGGCACAAACCAGCCUUUCUGCGGGGAAAAAGAACAGUGUUAAACAUGGGGGCAUAGUCCAGUGGCAGGAGGCGGGCGACCAGGCUCCUCUAGUGGCCAGUGGCGAGGUUGGUUCCGCCACAGCGGGGGCAUGAUUUAUACACCAAAACUGCUUCAUCUAGCAGUGUCCCUUUAGGGAUGGACCAUCAAAGAAACACCCAUCAUUUGAUUAUUAUUUAUAUCUGAAACAAUGUAAUGGCACAUCAACACUCCCCCAAGAAGUUAAGUUCUAGCCUUAGAGUCACUUCACUCACCAUUUAGGGUAAUAAUAUGAUUAAUUACCGAGACAUGACCGAACUGACUGCACGGUGAUCUUAGACUAAUUUUUCCUUGAGAAAUUAUCUGGUUCUAACUUCAUUUCAAGUUCGUAAAUAUAAGUCACCCACUCACAACUUCAAAAAAAUAAGUUAAUUCCCAGACCCCCUACUAACAAUCCUUAUUGCUCAGUCCUUAUUGCUGCCCAGUCCCAGUCCCAUGUUCAAUUACAUGUGGUCUUUCACAAUUUGCAUAAAUGGACUUUCUGCGGGCUGGCACUUGUGUUUUUAUACAUUUAUACCCCAGUUUCCAGUCUGGGGAAAUGUUAUGUAACUGAAUGCACUAAGUUCCUGUGUGGAUAUUAAAUGGAUUUCAAAAAAAAUGGAAAACAGGAAUCCCUGUGUCAAGGAGCUUACAAUCUAGUCAAAUAGAAUGCUCAG